UUCAGUCUCUACAUAUCAGUCAGCCACCACGACACUUUGGAAUCGACGGCAGAGAUGCCACGGCCGCGCCUGUCAAAGGCGUCGAUCGGGUACCUCCUCAACGCGCCCCUCGCCACGACCAAGACCAAGUGCGAUGGCGGGUACACCAUGUCGAUGGAGACGCAGCUGCUGUUUAGCCGAGUCGCCCACAUCGUCCAGCACGACAAGGACGCCCUGAACCGAUACAACAUCGUCCCGUGCAAGUUUAAGGUUCCACAUAGGGAACCGUACCCCCCGCACCUACGGGGCUUCACCCUCAACUUUGGCGCGUUCCGCCACGCACACAAACGGCAGCGCCUCGACCCUGACAUCGUGGCCUCUUUGAACGCGAUCGGGUUCGUUUGGGACGCUGCCCAGCACAAAUGGGACGUUCAACUGCAGUGCCUGCGGCUGUACAAAGACCAAUUUGGCCACACCAAUGUGCCGCGAGCGUUCGACAUCCCGUCCAAGUACCCGUGGCCAACCCACUUGUGGGGCCUGCCGCUUGGCGUGAUGGUCAACGACGUUCGAAAAGCCAUGCAAUCGCUGGCUCCGAACAAGAUUGCGUUGCUGGACGGUAUGGGAUUUGUCUGGAAUGCCCAUGACGUAAUCUGGGCCAAGCAACUCCAAGCCGUCACAACGUUCGCGUCGCUUCAUGGACACACAAAUGUCCCUCGCAUGUUUGUCGUGCCGGCGAGCGCCCCGUGGCCCGAAGACACGUGGUCCAUGAAGCUUGGGUUUGUCGUACACAACUUGCGAACCAAGGCAGGCGGGCUCGCGCCCGAGCGCAAGAUGCACCUCGAUAAGUUGGGGUUCCACUGGGACGCUCGAUGCUCCACCCACUCGACCAUCCAUAGCUCAACUAGCACUAACCCAUCCUUCGAGAUCGUCGAGGUGUGAGAUCGCCCACACGUAAUGAAACAACGUCGUCGUCG